AUGUCCAGCAUUGCUUGCAAGUUGCAUGUAAACAACUUAAUAACAUCGAGUUUAUGGUUUUGGUUCAUCGUCCCAGUCCCAGAUUCAUUCAACUUAAAUGCUGCAGUUUGCCUCCUUCACAGAGAUGUACAAUUGACAACUGAAAACCACAAACCAGCAGAUCCCAUCUUGGUUGAGAGCAUCGCGAGGGACUUCCAUAUACACUCUGAUACAGAUUAUGUGAGACCCCAAUUUAAGUUUUGCACAGAGCCCUCAAAAUCUCAAGGAUGGCCCUGCAAGAGGCCUGUGAUUUACUUUUGCUUCAGUUUGCUUCUUAGGAGCUUAUUGAUCGCUGCAUCAGUGGUUGGUGUUGUGUUCAUGUUAACUAGCAAGCAAUCUGAGGACUGGUACUACGAAAAAGGGAAUUACUAUGCAACCAUUUCCUUCAAAUUCACUCAAUCACCCGCCUUCAUAUACUAUGUUGCAGCAUUAUCUGUUGCAGGGGUUUAUGCUACCAUUACUACGUUUACAUCAUUUUUAGACAUCUUAGCUCCAGCUUCCUCAGCAAUCUUGGUCCCUUUUGCGCUUUUUGAUGUGUUGAUAUUAGGGAUCAUAGCCUCAGCCACAGGCACUGCUGGAAGUGUUGCAUAUAUCUUGCUAAGGGGCAACGAUGACUUUAGCUGGUCGGAUUUCUACUAUGCUUAUAGCAGUUUCUGUCGACAUCUUGGAGUCUCCUUCGGGGUCUCCAUAUUUGCCUCCAUUUUGCUCAUCUUGCUUCUCUGGACCUCCAUCAUUACCCUUUACAAAACGAUCUCCAAACAGACCUAUUCUCGUGAUGUUAGAGCAUUGGCAGCAAGGGGCCCAAGGGGAAGGUUGGGGGGAGGGGCAAACCCAAAAUGUGGUUUUCAGCAACAAGAAGCUGCUAGGGCAAGUAGUGGGGCCCACAUACCUGGGCUAGCCCAAGCGCCAGCCCGCAGGCUGUGCUGA